GUGAGCCGGUCAUUCCUAACUUAAGUUGCAUCACCUGCUAUCUCACACCGCCUCAAUUAGCCACCUUGCUGUUUUUCUACUUUCCUGUGUUUCCCCCAAUCUGCGGGCCAGCUCUUGCUUGGUUUCAGGCGCCAUUUGAAAACGUGUUGCUUCAUGAGUAUGCUCUAGAUUACAUUAUUUUUCCUCCAUACGACACCUCUACUGAAAUUUUCAGUUCUCUUAACCCUAUCCUCUAUUUUACUAAUCUAUACUCUCGCCUCUGGGUCUCUUCUUCUUCACGCCUCUAUCAUGGCUUUCAAUUUCGGUUUCAGAUGAUGUCAUACCUCAUUCUACCAAUAAGAACCCUUCUUAUCGGUUGAUUUGUGACGAAGAUGUUGGUCCGGGACAACUGGCGUGUCCCAUUUUAUCCAAGAACACGAUGGUCUAUGACCUCAGUUGCUAAGGCGACACAGGAGACGUCCGGUUUGCUUUCAUGUUUAUACUUUAAAGUUCUCCUUUGCUUUUGCAGUUUUUUAAAAGAUCUUAUAUGUUAUAUUAAUCCUUCAUCAUGUGAGAACUUCCAACUAAGUAAUUGGGGGUUUUAA